AUGUCGACUGCCUCGAGUGUGAAACGGUUCGAUGCGAUCGUCAUUGGGUCCGGGCAAGGUGGAACGCCGCUCGCAUCCGCACUUGCACAAGCAGGCAAGCAAACCGCAUUGAUCGAAAAAGCCCACAUCGGGGGCUGCUGCAUCAAUGAAGGAUGUACUCCGACCAAGACAAUGGUUGCUAGUGGUCGAGCGGCAUAUAUCGUCUCCCGCGCAAGCGAUUACGGAGUGUGGAACUUGUCAAAUCCCCAUGCCGGGAAAGCCGACGAUCUCUCGGCGAGUAAGCCAGAUCGCGGUUGGGAUCAGAUCCGCGGGGUCGUGGACAUGGAACAGGUCAGGCAGAGAAAGAGGGAUAUUGUUGAGAGUUGGCGGGGAGGGAGCGAGGCGAGGGUGAAGGGGCAGAAGGGCCUGGAGUUGUUCAUGGGCGAGGCCAGCUUCAAGGAUGCGAAUACGCUUACUGUGAAACUCUUGGAAGGCCAGGAGGUUACUGUCGCAGCCGAAACUAUCUUCAUCGACACCGGUGACCGCCCAGCAAGGCCACGACUACCUGGGCUAGACGACGUGGACCAGACCCGGGUACUGGAUUCAACGAGUAUUAUGGAGCUGGGUGCCGUUCCAGAUCACCUCGUCAUCCUUGGAGGCGGAUACAUUGGCCUCGAAUUCGGCCAACUUUUCCGCAGACUGGGAAGCCAGGUUACCAUCCUGCAAAGAGGCAAGCAGUUGGCUCCACGUGAAGAUCCGGAGAUUGCAGACGCCCUUCGCAAGGUCCUGGUGGAAGAUGGCAUCACGGUCCUGCUCAACUCAUCCGCCACGAGUGUGAAAUCUGCUCACCCCGAGGAAGUGUCCGUGGCUUACAAGAAUGAGCAAGGAGAAGAGGCAACGAUCACUGGAUCCCACCUCCUUCUUGCUGCAGGCAGAACACCCAACACGGAUAUGCUGAAUCUACAGGCCGCCGGCGUGAAGUCCGACGCGAGUGGACAUAUUCCAGUUGACGAAAAGCUGCAAACCAACGUCUCACACAUCUACGCCAUCGGAGACGUCAAGGGUGGGCCGGCCUUCACCCAUGUCUCGUACGACGACUUUCGCAUUCUGCGUGACACGCUCAUCUCUCCCUCGCCAUCGCAGCCCCCGCGCAAGGUUUCAGACCGUGUGAUCCCAUACGUCAUGUACACCGACCCGCAACUAGCCCAUGUUGGUUUGCACGAGAGUGAAGCUCGCAAGAAGUAUCCGAAUGCCACCAUCAAGACUGCAUCGAUGCCAAUGGCGUAUGUCGCGCGUGCAUUGGAGACCGACGAGAGCCGCGGUCUGAUGAAGGCGGUGGUCGACGAUGGGACGAAACAGAUUCUUGGAUUCACGUGCUUUGGGAUUGAGGGAGGGGAAAUCAUGAGCAUCGUCCAGACGGCGAUGCUGGGCAAAUUGCCUUAUCCCGUGUUACAAGACGCCAUCUUUGCCCAUCCUACCCUUGCGGAGAGCCUGAACAACGUAUGGGGGUAUCUGAAGUAG